AUGGCUCGAAUCAUCUUCGAAGAUCUUCAUCUAGUCCCCAAGUUGGUCAAGUCCCAUGCCAUUGUCAUGGGCCUGGCUUUCACCGUUAUGAUGCCCCUCGGAGUCUUAGUGAUUCGAUUUCUCCGUGUCAAAGGGACUAUUUGGAUACAUGCUGUAUGGCAAAUGCUCAGCUGGAUCUUGAUGCUUGCGGGACUGGCAACUGGCAUUCGUGUUGGGAAGAUUGUUGACCGACUGCACAACAACGCCCACACAAUCCUCGGAACCAUCGUCGUUGUCCUAUUACUACUCCAACCGUUCAUCGGGUUAAUUCAUCAUUUCCGGUUCCGGAAAGCCCGGGCGCCUGGAAAGUGGACCCGUCUACAUGUUUGGUACGGCCGAGUUUUGAUCCUUCUUGGUAUCAUCAAUGGUGGGCUUGGUUUGAAACUUGUCAAAAAUACCCCCGGUGGAGAGAUCGCGUAUGGCGUGGUAGGGGGUGUUUUUGGGGCGGCUCUUCUGCUCGUCACUGUGUUGGUGGAAAAGAAGAAGUUGCCUUCGUCGAAACAGAAGGCUGAGCUAGAACUGGAGGAGAGGAGGUUAUAG